UGGGUAACUGUCAAUUGUCAAAAAAAUUAUACAUUGUUUUUAUUCUAACUUCGAAGGUUUUUCUAAUUUUAUGAUUUCAUCAGUAAAGUGGUAGGUAGGUUGUUGAGCAAGAAACUAAUAAUAACUAUUUAACAACCAUCACAAACCUAAAAUGGAAGGCGACGGAGCUGAAAAUUCAAAAUCUUUUUCGGGAAUACCAGAAGCCGUUUUUGUUGACAAUGUAGAUGAGUUUAUGAACCUGCCAGAAAACUCUGAAGGCGUCGAAAAGGUUCUAAGGCGGUUAGAUGAGCAACAUGGAAAGUAUAAAUUUAUGGAGUACACAUUAAACACAAAAAGAAGGCGUCUGCGGCAACAAAUACCAGACCUUGCAAGAUCAUUAGAUAUGAUUGAAAAGUUGAAGACUCAAAAAGAAGAUAUGGAAACACAGUUUCUUUUGAGUGAUCAAGUAUUUGUAAAGGCUAAUUUAAUGCCCACAAAGACUGUAUAUUUAUGGUUAGGAGCAAAUGUCAUGUUGGAGUACUCAUUAGAAGAUGCUGAAAACCUGUUAACAACAAAUAUGGCAACUGCUAAGAAAAACCUCUCCUGUGUUGAACAUGACUUAGACUUUUUAAGGGAUCAGUGGACAACUACGGAAGUAAACAUGGCUCGAGUUUAUAAUUGGGAUGUGAAAAGACGCCAAGCGGCUAAAGUAUCUAGUUAAUUAGUAACAAUAAUAACAAUUGAUAAUAUUAUGUACAUCAAUAUCACAUUUUUCUUCUAAUAAGUUUUUUUUUUGCUUUUGGACUGCAAAGUACUGUAUUUGUAAUGUGUUAAUAUAAGACAUCUCAUAAAACACUAUUUAAUACCUAAAAUAAUAUGGUUUGUACUUUACUCUUAAUAUCUGCUUUAUAGAAAUUAAUAAAUUAUAGUAAUCUAGUUUAA